GAUAUAGAGACACAGACCAGGUUUUAUAAACAAAUGGAGUCGGUGAAGAAACGUCUGAACGAGUUUUCACUGGAGGCUCAUGAUCUGUAUCUGAGCUCAUCAGUUCCGUACCUGGAGCAGCCACCUGAUCCGCUGCACUUCUACCGCGACUGGAUUGGUCCAAACAAACCCUGCAUCAUCCGCAACGCCUUCAGCCAUUGGCCGGCUCUGUCCAGGUGGACGCCAGAGUACCUGAGGGAGAAGGUGGGGUCAAAGGUCAUCAGUGUGGCAGUGACUCCGAACGGUUACGCAGAUGCAGUGAGCGGUGAUCGAUUCGUGAUGCCUGAAGAGAGACAGAUGACCUUCUCUUCUGUUCUCAAUGUCAUCGAGGGGAAGGGGGAGCUCUCUGGUGUGUUUUACGUUCAGAAGCAGUGCUCUAACCUGCUGGAGGAGCUGCCGGAGCUCACAGACGACGUGGAGCCUCAUGUUCCCUGGAUGAGCGCCGCGCUUGGAAAGUUACCUGACGCUGUUAAUUUCUGGCUCGGAGAAGCGAGCGCCGUCACCUCCAUGCACAAAGAUCACUAUGAGAAUCUUUACUGUGUGAUUUCUGGAGAGAAAAACUUCAUCCUGCUGCCGCCCACAGACCGACCCUUCAUCCCUUACGGUGUGUAUCAGCCGGCCGUUUAUCGCCAGCGGGACGACGGCGAGUUUGAAGUCAUCGAUCGGAGCGACUCUGAGAAGGUCCCAUGGAUCCCACUGGACCCUCUACACCCGGACCUGGAGCGGUACCCACAGUACCGGAGAGCUCAUCCGGUCCACUGCAGCGUGAAGGCUGGAGAGAUGCUGUAUCUGCCAUCGCUGUGGUUCCACCACGUCCGGCAGUCACAUGGCUGCACCGCAGUGAACUUCUGGUACGACAUGGAGUACGACAUCAAGUACAACUACUUCCAGCUGCUGGAGACGCUGUGUGAGGUCACAGGGACGUGACAUCACAACAGCUGCAUGAUGUCACAGUGAUGACGACACUGGCUUAGUGUCAAAAUGAAACGUGAGCUGGUUGUCGUGAAGCAGCUGAUUGAUGAUUAAAAUUGCGACA